AUGCAUUUGCUUCACUUCCUCCACUCAGCUCGUGCUGACGGGUGCCGCUGCCUCAUCUACGGCACGCACGGCCGAUCCAGACCAGCGGCUCUGGCCAUGGGCUACAUCAUGGCGGACAAAGGGCUCUCGUUUGCUGCUGCGCUGAAGGCAGUGCGGCGCAAGUACCCUCUUGCGCAUCCGUCCGCCGCGCUCGUGGAUGCGGUUACGACGCUCUCGUCACAGUCCGAGGAGGCUGCCGGGAAGUCGGCCCUGAAAGCCUGGGCUGGCAAGGGAGCAGGCUCGGAGUCAGCGCCCUUGGCUCUGACGAAUGGCAGUGCCAAAGCUCUGGAGGAGGAGGCUCUGGAAGCUGCCGUGCGGCAAUUGGGCGAGCUGCUGCCGGUACCUGCAGACCUCCGCGAGGCUUUGAUCCGCCACUCCGGAGACAUCGAGAGGCCCCUGGGCAGUGCCAGUGGCUUUUUCGGGCGGGUUUUGAAUGCAAGAGUGGCAAGCCUCCCAACUGAUGGCACGGCCACCUCAGAGCCACGCACGGAGGCUCCGCGCCUGGCCCAGUGCUAUCUCGAGGGCCAGGAGCAGCUGCCGGAGUGCAUCAUCUGUGGCCGCAGCUCCAAGCGCGGUGGCACGGUACCGGAGAAGGACGAGUAUCAGAUGCAGUCCAGGGCUGCACGUCUAGGAGCCCCAUGCAGACCUCGGCUGGGUGCAUGGAGCCUCGGCCAGCUAGGAGACUUGGCGCAUCGCUUGCUGUUCAAAAGUUCUCUUCGACUGCCGCGGGAGUGGGAGCGGCAAGAGCUGGAUCUGAGGAAGUUGGAGGGCGACGCCGCGGUGAUCAAUCUCAACCGGCAGAAGCAGCCGCUGCACUACUUCGACUACUUCCUGAAAAUGGACUGGGAGGUGCACGUGGCUGUCGAUGGUGAUAAGUCCUACCGCACCGCGGAUGAGUUGAUUGAGGUCGCCUCGUUGGACAAUGAGCAGAAGGCUCCAGCAUCUGUGGCCAAGAACCGAGUCAUCGGCGGCACCGUGAAGAUAAGGGAGUUCAGCUCAGAGGAAAUUCCUGCAGAUGGCCAGUGGCCACUUCUUGUCAAAGUGAAACGGCGCUACAAAGGCGACAAUGCGGACGAAGCGAAGUUCAAGCAGCUGGAGCAGCUGUGCGAAGCGCUCCGGGAGAGGCUCUUUCAGGAGGUUCAGAAAACACUCUUUGUCUGGCUGGAAGAGUGUAUCGGGAUUACUGGGCACCCGGCAGCUUGCAGUCUGAGUCGUCGUGCGCGAUAUAUUGGCUGGUGGGGUCUCCACAGCGGCGGUGUCGGCGGUGCUAAAUCCAAUCGACGUCGUAAAGACUCGAAGACAGGUUGGCAUUCCGCGAACAGCGUUGCAGGAGGUCCGUGCUGCUUAUCGACAGCAUGGUGCCUGGCAAGGCCUUUGGAGGCCUGGAUUGACCGCCUCCCUCUUUCGAGAGCUGCUCUACAGCGGGUGCACAAAGGGUUUGUAUCCGCUGGCGCGAGAUCUCGUCUCGCCUCGUGA